GUCACGCGAUACAUGCCAUUAGGUACAGAGUACAGAGUACAUAGUACUUGACUGUCCAAAAGCGUUUCUCGUUUUCUCGUUUGUCGCCCUCUUUCCUACUAGACUUCCCACAUGUGCAUACACUGCCAUACAGUAUUUCUUAGCAGUUACACAUGGAGUGAUCAUCACCAACAGUUCCGUUACAUGUGUUGCAUUGUACGCCUCAACUAUUUAAGUCACAUACCUAUCCCUACCACUGACCGAGUCUCGUGAAGACGACGAGGUCAUUUUAUCUAUUUCCUCCCUCUGCCACCUCAACUCAUUUUCUUUGGCUGCGACUUUAUAAGUGGGUGUACCGUAACUGGAUAACAAAUAUCCCUAUGUGCCAUACAACGACACAGUUCUAUCCCUACAUGUAGGUCAGAGGAUUGGGAUUUCUUAUCACAUCCAUCAUCCUGUAGUGUGGAGUUGGUUGCCCGCUUCUAAUGAUGCCAGCAUGCGCAUUCAUUAGAUUACAUAUUUCCAGUUCAGCUCUUGUCCUGACUCCUGCGGCUUGCAGCCAGCGCGUAACACUGGUCUUCAAAUAUUCACAGCCCACGCCCACAGCCAGGGCGGAGCUGACCUACAUACAUAUUUGGAGAAAUAUCGGUCUCAUGAUAUGUCACAGUUGCACACAUACACAUACACAUACAUAUGCACAUACAACGUACAAUACCUUCGUCUUCUGCAAACUGUUUUCGUGGAAAUGUUUGGAAACGAAAAAGAACGCAUUGUAUAUGCAUCGUAAAAAUCGUCCCCGAAUUUUCCACGAGUUUCCCAGGUUCCGUGGGGGUUGUGGUCUCGAUUUGGCAUCUUACUUACUUCUAAAUUCUCUUUUCAGCUGGGCGGUGAAUACCGAUGAGGGGAUACCGUCUCAUUAACAUCACCAUCAUCUCUAGAUCGUUCUAUAUAUGGCUGCAUGUGGCUUUAUUACUGACAUGAUCAAGGGAUUGCGGCACCAUGCGCCAAG